AUGUUGGCUGAACAAGAUUGGGCGUCCUUCCGCGGCCUUCAUCGUCUAUUGUGGCCUUCAAAAGCUCCCUCUGAUGAACUUCUUGAGCCCCCAGAACUCACAAAGUUCAUCGACUCCGCGAAGCCCUUUGAACCUGAGUCAACAAAUUCCAAACCCAACCUCCUGCCCUCCAACAUGCUCGUAGAGGACCAGGAUUUCAUCUCAAAUCAAGACAUCGCCAUGGAGGACGACUCGAUUGAAGACGAAGAAGCUAACGAUGUGAAGGGGAAUCAGUCGCCAAAUAUCCGAUACGUCAACCCUCUUUUUGCACCAAGUGUUGGCGUGAGGGACGAAUAUUUGGAGGCCUUCCGCUAUAUUUUCUUCACAUAUGAACCCAGUUCUCCACAAAUUUUUCGAAGAUUUUUCAUUACUGGACAGCCUGGAAUAGGAAAGAGCUGCUUUGCUUGUUAUCUGCUAUUCCGUCUGUUGGCGCUUGGAAAGACAGUAUUCUUCUAUUUCGGUGGCCAAGAUGUCUGCUAUUUUGAUCAAAAGGGCGCUCACUCGGCCGAUUUCUCCCCUCGAACCAACAAGGCUGCAGAAAACUUGAGCAAAAGUUGGGUCGUGAUAGAUGUCGAAGACACGAAAUGGGAACCCCCUGCUGCAUUACGAUCUGCAUAUGGCGUCGUCUGGACUUCGUCCCCUCAAGAGGAGCGCAUGAAGGGGUUCAAACAGAAAUUCGGUGGUAAGAUAUGGUACAUGAAGACGUGGUCAUCCGAGGAAACCCAAGCCACAAGGACAUUACUUGGUCUCAAUCAAAAUGCACUUGAGAACAGCCAAAGUGUUGCCGGACCGAUUCCACGAGCGCUCUGGGGUAUCGAGUCAUCAGUACUCAAUGAUACAUUCACGAUCGACCAAUAUAUCGGACAAGCUCUCCAAAAGAACAUGUUUGGUUUUGCGUCGCUCGAAGAUUUUGAUAAAGGUGCUCAGCCAAUGCACCGAGUUUUCCGCAUCGAGCCUCUGGUCGUCGAAAACAACGGACAACUCAUCAUCCACCGCAGCAGUUUCUCCACUCAUUUCCUUUCCUCCGCCAUCGUCCGGAGAAUUCCGGUGGUCGCUCAAGCAUUCCUUCAGACCCUGAAAGGACAGCUGGCCGCAGCAUUCGAUAUCCCUGGUACUCGCUCGCUAGCAGGCAAAGUUUUCGAAGGUCUCAUGCACCAUGCUAUCCUUAAUAAAAAGUGGCUUCCUGACUGCUUCGGUUCUCGUAUAACUGCCUCUGUAGACCUUGUUGGGCAGUUCGACAGCUUCACCACCGCAACCGACCCUCCUACCACUGUGCCACUCUAUCUCCUCCCCAAUUCGCUUACUUUCGCAGCCGUGGACUCGAUCAUCGUCACUCAUUCGAACAUCGGCCUGGUUCAAGUCGCCGUUGGGGAGACCCAUAGUUAUGACUUCGCCAAAAUGUUACGACUUCUCUCACGACUUAAGAAUGGAGCUCGGAUUGAUGUGGAUAAGACUGAGAUGAAGCAGUUCAUGUACUGUCUUGUGGGCAGUAAUGGCGAUCGUGUUCGUGGUCUCGUUGCUGCCGCUCAAGAAGGCCUGGACAAGCUGUUGCGAGCUGAGAAUGGGCUUCAACUUGCCAAAGGACUGGGUCGCAAUACGAAGUUGCCUGAUAUCUGGGUUCAAAGGUUGAAAAAGCUAACAGUCGUGGGGUACACAUUUGAUCCCAAUGCGGGUUUUACCCGUGUGUUCAAGUAA